UUUUGACCCUUUCCUUUUUUGAAUUGAAAACGGCUUCUUGCUUUCAUUUGUCAAAAGCUUAUUGCUUUCAUUUGUCAAAAGCCAGCUGGUAAUCGUGCUCUCCACGUUGUUCCAUUCUUUCUUUCUUUCACAUAGUCAUCCCAUUCUUUCUUUGCCCAAUAUCGUCAAUUUUAGUCUAUAGUUCUCCACACAAGUAUGGGUCAUAGAAAGCAACUUUGAGUAAUGGGUUACUACGAAACAGCUGCUUGAAAUGGAUCCAGCGUUUCAUGGAGCAGGAGUCAGACCUGGCUUGGAUAUUUGGGGAGUAGAGAACCUCCAAUUAGUCCGGAUCCCUAUAUCCUUGCACGGGAAAUUCUACUCAGGAAGUGCUUAUCUAGUGUUACAUACAUUGUUGCUCAAGAAUGGAACAUGUCAGCAUGAUAUACACUAUUGGCUUGGAAGUAAUGCCAAACAGGAAGAUGCAGAUUUGGUUUCAGACAAAGCUCUUGAACUGGAUGCAUCACUCGGGUCAUAUGCUGUACAAUAUAGAGAAGUUCAAGGGGAAGAAACUGAGAAGUUCUUGUCAUACUUUAAGCCUUGUGUUAUCCCAAUUGAAGGUGUAUUUUCGUCUGGCCCGUCUAAAGAAAGCAGUGAAGAAUACACAAUCAGCAUGUUAAUGUGCAAAGGAGACCGUGUUGUUCAUGUUAGAGAAGUCGCAUUUACACGAUCAUCCUUGAAUCACGAUGAUGUAUUUAUACUUGAUACGGCAUCAAAGAUUUACAUUUUCAGUGGAUGUAACUCGAGCAUUCAGGAAAGAGCAAAAGCUUUGGAGGUUGUUCAAUAUAUUAGGGAUAACAAGCAUAACGGAAGAUGUGACAUUGCAACUAUAGAUGAUGGAAAAUUUGUUAGUGAUCCUGAUGUUGGUGAAUUCUGGAGCUUAUUUGGUGGUUAUGCCCCCAUUCCUAAGGGCUUGCCCUCUAACAUUGAAGCAGCAGCAGCAGCUGAUAAUGCAGUGCUGAAACUCUAUUGGAUAAACACACAGGGAAAGCUUUGUGAGGUUGGAAGUGGUAAUACUCUAAACAAAGAGAUGCUUGAUUCUAAUAGGUGCUACAUGCUUGACUGUGAUUGUGAACUUUUCCUUUGGGUGGGAAGAUUCACGACAGUUACGGAGCGGAAGAAUUCAAUUUCUUCAGCAGAAGAUAUCCUCCGGUCUCAGGGCAGAUCAGCUGGGACCCAUUUAACAUUCUUAACCGAGGGAACAGAAACUGCUGUGUUCAUAUCAUACUUUAGAGAUUGGCCUCAAUCUGUAGAACCAAAGUUAUAUGAAGAAGGCCGAGGAAAAGUAGCAGCAAUAUUUAAACACCAGGGUUAUAGUGUGAAGGAGCUUCCCGAAGAAGAAGAUGAAGAUCAAGUCAUGGAUUUGAGUGGCAAAGUAAAGGUUUGGCGGAUAAGUUGUGAUGAUGAUAGAACUUUUAUUCCUUCCAUGGAGCAUUCGAAACUAUACAAUGGGGAUUGCUAUGUCAUCCAGUAUACUUUUAUGAAUGAUAAUGGAAGGGAGGAGAACUUGUUCUAUACUUGGAUUGGUCUUCAAAGUGUUGCGGAUGACAGGGCUGAUGCAAUCUCCUAUAUGCUUGAUCUCACCGAUUCCACAAAGGGUAAUACAGUUGUGGGUCAAAUAUAUGAUGGCAAUGAGCCAAAUCUCUUUUUCUUAAUUUUCAAGAGCUUGGUUGUUUUCAAGGGAGGUAAGAGUACAAGAUAUAAAAAGUCUCUUGGUGAGAACGGUAUUGGUGACAAUACUCUUGGUGAGAGUAAGGUGGCGUUGUUUCGAAUCCAAGGAACUAGUCCAUGUAACAUGCAAGCCAUUCAAGUUGAUCAUGUUCCAAGUUCUCUCAAUUCAUUCUAUUGCUACAUCUUGAAGACUAACACAUCUACAUUUACUUGGGUCGGAAAUCUUUCAUCUUCAAGAGACCACGAUCUUCUUGACAGAAUGUUGGAAAUGAUAAAUCCGAAAUGGCAGCCAGUCAUGGUGAGGGAAGGUAGUGAACCUGAUGUAUUCUGGAAUGCAUUGGGAGGUAUGUCAGAGUACUCUUCAGAAAAGGAAAUAAAGGCAUUUAAGGAAGACCCGCAGUUGUUUGUAUGCAUCUUUACUAAAGAUCUUACCUGUUCUGAGAUAAUGUCUAAUAUAUGGUUGAACUUUUCCAAUCAGACGAUUUGAAGGUCAAAGAGAUAUUUAAUUUCUCCCAGGAUGAUCUCACAACUGAAGAUGUCUUGAUACUAAAUUGUCAUAGUGAAAUCCAUUUAUGGAUAGGGCACAAUUCAAGUAUCAAGUCAAAGCAGGAAGCUAUUGAUUUUAUCCAGAAGUUUCAUGGCAAGGAGACUCCCAUUGGAAAGCUUUCUCCCUACAUUCCUGUCUAUAUUAUAACAGAAGGUUGUGAACCACCAUUCUUCACUCAAUAUUUUGAAUGGGAUUUCUCCAAGGCAAACAUGCUUGGCAACUCAUUUGAGCGGAAGCUUGCUAUUUUGAAGGGAAAACAUCAAAUACUGGAAGCCCCAUCCAGGAGUUCAUGGAAAGCAUAUUCAGGGGAAGCUACCCCAAACACUUCAAGAAGUAGGUCUGUUGGUGCUGCUCAUGGGUUCAGAAGAAGAAGUUCAUCCCCUGCUCCUUCGGCUUUUCCUGGCAGCUCUUCAAUAAAAUCUGUACACACUAACCGUUUUUCUAGCCCGCCACCGACUUCUGUUACCAGAAAGCUUUUUGUAGGAUCUUCAGAUCGUUAUCACACUAAUGGUUUAUCCAUGUCUACGGGUAAGGCCACUCCGCAAAUCAGUCAGAGUGAGGCCGAUGCAAACAUGCCAAAAUAUCCAUAUGAACAACUGACAAUAGGGUCGAAAAAUCCGGUGACUGGUCCGCAAAUCAGUCAGAGUGAGGCCGAUGCAAACUUGCCAAAAUAUCCAUAUGAACAACUGACAAUAGGUUCAAAAAAUCCGGCGACAGACAUAGACAUUACCAGACGACAGGCAUACUUGUCAGAAGAGGAGUUCCAUGAGAAAUUUGGAAUGACAAAGAGUAUCUUCUAUGGCCUUCCAAAAUGGAGACAGAACAAGCUGAAGAUGACUCUCCAUCUCUUCUGAGAAAGCCUGUGAGAGUCCUGCAGAGCAAUCAUGGAAGCACAUUACAAACUGUAGAAUCCAAUCAAAUGCAGGAUCUGCUUCAGUAUAAAGCAAGUUAAGGCUCAUGAAAACUAGAGUUUGUUUCCGUUUUGGAAACUACGAAAACUUUUUAUCAACUCUGAGUAAACAUUUUUUUUUGCAUGUUUCCGUGCAGCUUGCGACAUAGCUGACAGUGUGAUGAACAUUUGUGUGCAGAUGUGUGGGUUUGUUUGUUUGUUUGUAUGCAAUUUUUUAUUGCUUGUCCACUUUUUAUAUACUUCCUCCUUCCCUUAAAAGUUUGUCGACUUUCAUUUUUUUUGGAUGUUACACUAACUUUGUCACUUUCCUUUUUAAGUAAAGAAUUUGUGGUUCCACUUAA